AUUAUAUUCCCUUGGUCAUCCGCCACUCAGAAAAAGCGAACCACCAAGUUGCAGAAUCCAGUAAAAUGUAUUAAAUUUUGCUUUCUUUCUUCAUCUGCUUUCUUCUUCAAUCUGCCCCUAAAAAUCACAGAUUCUACCUUUUGAUGCUAAUGGGAUCAACCCACCAACCCUAGAGUCUCACGCCAGCAAGAUUAAUUCAUUCAUCUCAAACCAAAAACCACCCACUUCAAUUAUGGCAGCACCUUCUACUUCCAAUUACUUCAGGGUCUUCACUUUCUCCAUUUUAUUCUUCAAAACCCUAGCAUUUGACCCGAUUCCUUUGUUUUCUUACGCUGAAUUUGGUAAAGAUCUGAAAUUUAAGCCCAACGUGGCCCUUUUUGGUAAUGCAAAAGUUGUCAAUGACGGGUCUGGGAUUCAUUUCUCUGGUUCUGGGAGUUCAGACACUGGGAGAGUCAUGUACAAGAAACCCAUCAAGCUUUUUCAAGGUAAGCCAAGACAAUUAGUGUCAAUUUCUACUUACUUUGCAUUUUCAAUCUCAGUGGACAUGGGAGGUGGUUUGGCUUUUGUUAUGGUUCCAAAGGGUUCUGUAAGUGAUGUGUUUUAUCAAAGUUCUUCUGGGUUAAAUGAUAGAAAUUAUGAAGUUAUUGGUGUUGAGUUUAGUGCUUCAGGGGGUGGUAGAAAUGGGGUUUCUUCUGCUUGUAAUGUGACCAUUAAUGUUGGUGGUUCAGUUGUUGCUAAAAUAAGUAACAAAUUGGCUUUAACAAGUGGAGAAAAGUUGCAUGCUUGGAUUGACUAUGAAGCUAGUUCUAGGCGCUUAGAAGUUAGAUUGAGUCAGCAUGGAAAAUCAAGGCCUUCUGUUCCACUGCUAUGGCGCUCAAUUGACUUGUCAAAUGUGUUGAAGGAGAAUGAAAUGUUUGCGGGUAUUAGUUCUGUGAAGGGGAAUGAUUCUCAAGCAUGUUUUCUCUAUUCAUGGAGCUUUGUUCUGAGGAGUUUUCCACAUUCAAUGCAUUCAGAGCCUCUGGAUCCAAAGGUGUUUGUUAAAAGCACUGAAAGUCCGGUGGUUAAACAAAGGAGUGAUUGCUUCUUAAGAGUUCUUGCUGCAAUGAUAUUUGGUACUGGAUGUGGAGCUUUGACAGCAUUUAUCGUGCUUUACUUAUGGACCAUCUUUGGUAAUAAACGUGCAGUAGUGCCAGAGGAGACUGUUAUGCAACCUGUAGAUGUUGAGUAUAGGAAAGUCAAAAUUGUUGUAGAUAAAACCAUCCAAGACAGUAAGAAUUAGAACCUCGUGAGGGAAGAGGUUGGAAGCUUGUGUUUAUAAAUUAGUUUGUCUUGUAUUUAGGUUUUGCUCUAUUGUAGCAGUCUUGGUAAAGAUUGCUUACUUUUGGUUUUCCUGACGUCUAUUGUUUAUCCAACUGUGUUAAAGAUUGCUUAGUUUUUUGAAAAAUGCCCAAUUUAAGGUUAUUAAUGAACUAUAUGAUGUUGCUUACAUUGAUUUUGUUGUAUGAA